AAUCCAGAUCUGAUAGAAGACGGGAGCUGUGUGGUAAACAGUCUUCUGAAUGGAGAGGUGACUCUGUGUAGGGGUAGUGCAGUACAGAACUGCCAUCUGCAGGGUCCUCUUCAUGUGGGCAGCGGGUGUCUUCUGUCUGGUAUUGACCGUGAGGGAGGGGCAAGGCUAUGUGGGUACCAUCUAAAUGAUGUCAUCCUCCAGGCACAUCCUAUCCAUAUCCAGAACCUUUCCCUCACUGUGUACAGCCUUCUGGGGACCAACGACCAACUGCAGUGUCCAGCAGAAGGUGGAUCACCAACUUACCUCAACCUCCCUUGGGAUAAAUUUUUCCUCAGGACGGGAAUCAGUGAGAGGGACCUUUGGGGUUCGGAACAUUGCAGUAGCGAGUGCAGCAUAUUGACUGCCCCCCUCUUUCCCGUCCUUCACCCCAGCGAGUCUCUGGGUAUUGAGGAUGUCCUCUGGUUCUUACGUUCGGGGACUGGUGGCACAGAUUGUGAAAGCUGGAGGCAGCGUUGGCGCAGUUCUUGGCGUAUGUCCUGGCAACAGAUCUGGCAACAUCGGGACCAGGAGAGGUCACUGCAAGCCCGCAGGGAAGUGUUUUUCAGCCAGGCCCUGGAAAAGGUAAACAGAAUUUUACUGGCCAGGGAGGAGAGAAGUCUGAUGCCCAUUAUACGGGCAGCCGUGCAGGAGGGCGCCUACCAGAGGUUGCUGGACACACUGGACAAUGUGGCCUCAAAGACUGAAGAUGCCGGAGUCGCUGCACGAGCCCUGGCCUGUGUUGCUGACCUCCUGGGCUGCAUGGCUGGUGGAGAGGGGGGCUUGAGGAGUGGACCAGCAGCUAACAAAGCUUGGGCUCCUGGAUAUCUGCUGCUGGAGAAGGGAGACAUUGCACAGGGCGUGAGACUCAUGGCUGUGGAGCGACAGAAAUGGCUUAGCAGACCUGCUCUUCUUCUGCGCGCAGCUCGUCAUUAUGAAGGGGCGGAGCAAAUCUUAAUCCGCCGAGCGGUGAUGUCAUCCUUUCAAUUUGUGUCUAUUGGUGAGAAGAAGCCCCCGCCCCAGGGACAGUGGGUGAAUGCAGAGUGUCCGGCGCGCAUUGACAUGUCUGGGGGAUGGAGUGACACCCCUCCCAUCACAUAUGAACAUGGAGGGGCCGUGGUAAAUGUUGCGAUUCUGGUCGAUGGUCAGCGGCCUAUAGGCGCUCGGGCGAGGAGGAUUCCAGAGCCACAUCUGCGUCUCUGCAGUACCAGUGGUCCCCGUGGCCUGGCCAUUCAGACGCAGUUGACCUGUCACAGUCUCUCGGAUAUGCAGGAUUAUUGCCAGCCGCAGGCUCCAGGGGCGUUGCUUAAAGCUGCCUUCAUCUGUUCGGGGACUGUGGAGCUGACGUCCGAGAAAGCCUUGUCCGCGCAGAUCUCUGAGAAAUAUGGUGGAGGUAUCGAGCUGCAGACGUGGUCCUAUCUGCCGCAUGGGUCUGGUUUGGGUACCAGCAGUAUCCUGGCCGGGGCGGUGAUGGCGGUUCUUUACGAGGUCUCAGGACGCUCAUCAGAUGCCGAAUCUCUAAUUCACGCAGUGCUGUAUCUGGAACAAGUCCUUACUACAGGUGGAGGCUGGCAGGACCAAGUCGGGGGGCUUAUUCCAGGGGUGAAGAUUGGACGCUCUGCUCCUGCACUGCCCCUUCAGGUGACUGUGGAACGGGUGGAACUGCCAGAGGGGUUUAUGGAAAUGAUAAACAAACACCUUCUGCUGGUUUAUACUGGGAAGACAAGACUGGCCCGCAAUCUUUUGCAGGAUGUUUUGCGGAAUUGGUAUGCUCGGCUUCCAGAUAUCAUGCUGAACGUGGACGCACUAGUGAGUAACGCUGAGCUGUGUGCCAGAGCCUUCCGUACUGGGGAUAUGGAACAGCUGGGUCACUGUCUGUCCACGUACUGGCAGCAGAAGAAGUGCAUGGCACCGGGCUGUGAGCCGCAGGCUGUACGCAGGAUAAUGGACAUAUUAGAGCCACACGUGUAUGGGCAGAGCCUGGCCGGGGCUGGAGGGGGAGGCUUCCUCUAUGUACUAACAAAGGCGCCGGAGCAGAAAAACGCCAUACAGAGACUACUGGAGAACACACAGGGCCUGGAACGCUGCAGUGUGCACUCUGUACAGCUGGAUACCAAGACGUUCUCUGUACAGUGGGAGAUGGGGAUCCCCGAUGAUCGGUGACAUAUGGCGGAAGACAAAGACGAUUACAUACUUUUUACAGCUGGUGCUUGGGAUCGAUGAUGAUCAGGGACAUACUAUGUACUAGUGGAGGGGUUGUGUGGGUGAACAUGAUCUAUGGGAAUUAAUAAUGGAAAACGCUAAUCCUUUUUGCCGCCAUACACAAAGGAGCCGUCAAUAAAAAUAUCUCUUAAGCAAGAGAUGGCUCCUCGCUAUGUUCCAGGUGUAUGAGGGUACUGUGAUUUUAUAAUCUUUUUAUUAAAAAAAACUGUUACUUUAUUAUAAGGUAUAUAAUACAUGCUUAGGACAGUAAUCAUUUUGUAAGUAAAAGUGCCUUAAUCAAGGAGUGACCCCGAAAUGUAGAGAAUAAAGAUUGAUCACUGGUUA